GGCCGGCCCGGCGCCAUGGCAACCGCCCGCCCCGGGGUGUGGCGGAGUGACGUGCGGGUGACGGCGGCGGAAGUGACGACGACGCGGCGGGCGGGGCGGCGGCGGUGCCGGUGUGCGCGCGGCGGUGUCUCCUUCUCCUCAGUCACGGCUCCAGCUCGGCCUCCCCGCGCCGCCAUGUCCGCCCCCGGCAGCGGCGGCGAGUUCGGGAACCCGCUGAGGAAGUUCAAGCUCGUCUUUCUGGGCGAGCAGAGCGUUGGGAAGACCUCUCUGAUCACCAGGUUUAUGUAUGACAGUUUUGACAAUACUUACCAGGCAACCAUUGGAAUUGAUUUCCUGUCAAAAACAAUGUAUCUUGAAGAUCGCACGGUUCGGCUGCAGCUUUGGGACACAGCAGGCCAGGAGCGGUUCCGCAGUCUCAUUCCCAGCUACAUCCGCGACUCCACUAUUGCUGUGGUAGUCUAUGACAUUACAAACUUGAAUUCUUUCCAGCAAACCUCCAAGUGGAUUGAUGAUGUGCGGACAGAGAGAGGAAGUGAUGUCAUCAUCAUGUUGGUGGGGAACAAAACUGACCUGGCAGACAAGAGGCAAAUCACUACAGAAGAAGGUGAACAGAGAGCCAAAGAGCUGAAUGUGAUGUUUAUUGAGACCAGUGCAAAGACUGGAUACAAUGUGAAACAGCUUUUCCGUCGUGUGGCUGCUGCCUUACCUGGGAUGGACAGCACACCAGAGAAGAGCAAAGAAGACAUGAUUGACAUCAAACUAGAGAAACCUCCUGAGCAGCCAGUAACGGAGAGCGGGUGCUCCUGCUAACAGGCCUGUUCUGUAGCAGCACAUUCCCCAACCGGCCAGUCUCACUGAAGAACAUCACCGCGCAUUGGCUAGGCAACCCUACUUUGUGGGCUGAAAAACCAAUCUACUAAGCGAGCGAACUCCCUGUUUACUGGUGGGGAGCAGCCCCGGCCGCCCCUGUUACUGCAUGGUAUGAGCCCUGAGUGCAGAAUGAGUGUCCUGUCUUUUAUUUUAUUUUUUUAUGUUGUUGCACUUUGGCACUGUGGUGCCCUUUACACUCUCUCUCUUCCUCUCCUCCUCCCCCUCUUCCCCACCUCGAGCCUGUCUGCUCAGAUGUAUCUUGUGAAUGCAAUGGAAAAGCCACAAAGUUAGGGAAGACAAAAAUAAAGCUUGGGGGUGGGCUUUCCACCUUCCUUACUGCCUUGCAUCCUAACUAGUUCCCUGUCCACUCCAGCCCUGUCUUUGUCCUGCAUCCCGACUUCCUCUCUUGAAAGGCUGCUCCUUUUAAACCAGUCAGUUUGACUUGGCCUUGCCUUUUUGGACAAUACAGGUUAUCUGUUUCUAGGCUUUUGCUUCCUGCAGGGCACACACAAUAAUAGCUCCUUAGUUUCUCCUUUCUGUGGAUAAUCUUGGCUAACUCAUUGCUCACGACUUCUGAGUUUUGCCCCUCGUGUUAUACACAGCACUGGAAACCCCCAGACUCUGAUAGCUUUGGCCUUGUUGCUCCCGUUUGUGUAGCAGAGACAUGCCACAGACUGCUCUCCUCAGUUGGAAUAUCUUCCCAUCCAGAGGACGCUGGCGCUCGGUGAGUGUUGGGUGUCAGAUGUGGGGAAGGAAGAGGGUACAGAGGCUUUGCAGCUUGAGGCUGGGUGGGGAGAGUUUCUCAGGGUGGUUUGUAGAGACCUGGGACCUGUCUGUCAACAGAGAAAGCAAACAGUUGCUCAAAAUCCAUCACUACAGGGCAACAGCUGCCCUGGGAGUCACAGAUGCUGUUCAGGCUCCUUUCUUAGUCUCUGUUCUCUUGUUCCUCAUCAUGUAGACUGGGAGCUUCUUCACGUGGAGCAGGAGAGCUACAGCAGAGUGAAGGGCAGCGAUAGCUGUUCUACUCCCAUACCUAGGUUGCUGCUUGGUGAAAUCAUACAUAGCUGCUUCUGCCUUUGUAGUAGACUUCUGGAGGAUGGGGCUAGUAGCAUUCUCAUUUUUGGGGUAGUUUGAAGCUGCAGCAUGGCCAAAGCUGAGAUGAGCAGUGGCAGGGAUUUAUAGUCAGACCUGGGGAGAGGAAUGGAGGGAUUGUAUGCUGCUGAAGCGAAUUUUGGUGUCACUUCUCGACCUUGGAGGUUGGGAAAUACCUCUUCUUUCCCCUGCCCCUGGUUUCUAAUUAUGUUAAUAGAGCUUUUCAGAGACUUUUGACUGGGUUUUUUUUCAUCCAUCUGUCCCAACCAGAAGUCGUUAGGUUGACAGAGAGGAGGAUAAAACAGUCAGAUAAUGGUAAGCCAUUCGCUGUUUUUUUCAUCUCCUGGCCUGUGUCAUGCUGACAGGGAGGAUGGUAGUAGGCAGGAGAGUGACUGACCACAGUGUGAUGGGUGAGGACAGCAGCAUUCAGUCAUUAGUGACACUCCCCUAGCAGGAUGUCCGUUGGUCACUGACACAGCCUGCAUGCUUCAGAAGCCUGUGGGCUGUCAUGGGAGGGGAAGGGGCAGCCUUGGACUGGAGCUGGCAGUCCCCACGUUGGCUUGCAAGUCACCUCUCUGCUGGUGACUGACAUUCUGUUCCCCAGAGCCCUGUCCCUUCCCCUCCCGGGUGAGCUGGCCUGCAGGAGGAAGCUGGGAUGUGGUUUCCCAUUCUGCUCUGGAGUGUCCUUCCCCCCUUUACACACAGCCCCAGCUGGCAGAGCCAGGUCCCACUCGGCCCCCUCCUCUGUACAUACCCCUGUUGUGUGGGAAUUGCUGAUGUUUGUCGGUGUGUCCGUGUCUGCCGUAGAACAGGUUUUGCUGUCCCCUUCUCACAGGCAGGUGUGCGCUGCUCUGCUGUCGUGUUGUUGAGUCACGGACCAGGGGGGAGGGAGGGGGGAGACCCUAAGUAAUGGGGCGGGUAAUUAGUGAAAUGAAAUAGUUCACUUCCCACUGUCUUCUCUAUGGAUGUGUAUAAUAUUGAGUGUGUGUCUGGCCCUGCUGUCUCCUAGCUGUUAGCCGAGUAAGUGUGACUAUUAAUAUGAGUAUGGACUGUCUGACCACAGCCGUGUAUCACACUAAAUAAAGUUAUUUCACCAACA